AUGGAGAAGCCGCCUCCACCGCGCUUCUUCUUCCUCAAGAGAUCAGAAAUUGUUUUCUCCAUCUUCUCAGUCAUCCUUCUCCUCUCCCUCCUCCUCCUCCUCCACUGGUUCACUCCCUUCCAGCCACUUCUUUUGCUCCGCAUCGCCGGCGGUACGUAUGAUAAACCACCGCCGGAGGCCGACGCCGCCUGCGAUUACACCUCCGGUCGGUGGGUCUGGGACGGGGCCCACCGGGCCGAGGCCUACACCGAGGAUUGCCCCUUCCUCGACCCCGGUUUCCGAUGCCGUCAAAAUGGCCGCUCUGAUUCCGGCUAUCUUUACUGGCGGUGGCAACCCCGUGGCUGCAAUCUCCCCAAAUUUAACGCAUCAGAGUUGCUGGAGAGGAGCAGAAACGGGAAGAUAGUCUUCGUGGGGGAUUCGAUCGGGCGAAACCAGUGGGAGUCGCUCGUGUGCAUGCUGGCCAAAGCGGUGCGCAACCAAUCGAGCAUCUACGAGAAGUACGGGAAUCCGAUAACGAAGCACAAGGGCUUCCUCUCCAUCGUCUUCAGCGACCACAACCUCACGGUGGAGUACUACCGCGCCCCGUUCCUCGCCGCGGUCAGCCGGCCGCCUCCGGCCGCCCCGAGCAGCGUCCGUAGCGCCAUCCACCUCGACGAGCUCAAUUGGCAAUCCAAGCACUGGGUGGACGCCGACGUGCUGGUCCUCAACGCCGGCCACUGGUGGAACCAAAAGAAGACGAUUGGAUCGUAGGUGCACUUGCUCAACCGAUCGGACUAAUCGCUGGACUUUAAUAUGCUUCAGGGGAAUGUAUUUUCAGGCGGGCGGAGAAAUAAACACGACCAUGGAUGUGAAGGAGGCAUUUCGUCGAACGAUUGAUACGGUCAAGCUCUGGAGUUUGAACAAACUGCAAAAGGGCUCUGUUUUCUUCAGGAACAAUUCUCCAAUUCA